AGAGGGAAAGAUGUGGAAGACUUCCCUGCUGCCCAAGGUCCUGACUUUGGGCCUCCUGGGCCUCCUGAUUCAAGCCCCAGGACAUCAUGCAAAUGACCUCAUCAGGACCACUGAGUCUGGACAGAUCCAAGGAACUCAAGUCAAUAUCAAGGGGAUUGACAAAGGUGUCAAUGUUUUCCUGGGAAUCCCCUUUGCCAAACCCCCUGUGGGGUCACUGAGGUUUUCUCCUCCACAACCACCUGAUUCAUGGAGCAAUGUGAGAGAUGCUGCUUCUCAUCCACCCCCGUGCUUGCAGGAUCCCACUCUCCUAGAAAAAACAGCAAAUAUCAUGAAAUUAAACAUCACCAUUCCUGCCAGUUCUGAAGACUGUUUGUAUCUCAACAUCUAUGUUCCUGUCCAUGCAAAGGAGGGGGAUGGCUUGCCGGUGAUGGUGUGGAUCCACGGUGGUGGUCUUAUUGUUGGUGGUGCUUCCUUAUAUGAUGGUUCGGUAUUGUCUGCUUCCCAGAAUGUGGUAGUGGUCACUAUCCAGUUCAGGCUGGGUCUCCUUGGGCUCUUCAGCACUGGGGAUGAGCAUGCACCUGGCAACUGGGUUUUCCUGGAUCAGGUGGCUGCCCUGAGGUGGAUCCAGAACAACAUUGUCCACUUUGGAGGAGAUCCUGGCCGUGUGACCAUCUUCGGGGAGUCUGCCGGGGGAAUGAGUGUUUCUUCACAUGUUCUGUCCCCCUUGUCCAAAGGCUUGUUCCACAGAGCAAUCAUGCAGAGUGGUGUGGCCAUCUUUCCUGGCAUGAUUUCUUCCAUUUCAGAAACGGUUGUGAAUGUCAUUGCCAAUCUGUCUUCUUGUGAUAGACAUGAUUCUGCCUCCAUGGUUCAGUGCCUUAGGAGCAAGUCUGAGGAUGAGAUUCUGGCCAUCAACAAGCAUUUCAAGAUGAUCCCUAGUGUAGUUGAUGGGCAAUUCUUCCCCAAACACCCUGAAGAGUUGCUGGCUGCGGGAGAGUUCCACCACAUCCCUUCCAUCAUCGGUAACAACAACCACGAAUUUGGCUGGGUUAUUCCUGUGGAAAUGGACAUCUCUGGAUUUAAGGAAAACAUGGAUAAAAACAGUAUCCAAUCAGCAAUGCAAAGUCCAUUUGUGGGUUUUCCUCCUGAGCUUGUGCAUUUGAUGAUGGAAGAGUAUUUCAGAGAUACUGAGGACCCUGGAGAAUGUCGAGCUCAAUUUCAGGAAAUGAUGGGGGAUAUGAUGUUUGUUAUUCCUUCCCUCAAAGUGGCCAAGUAUCAACACAGUCCCAGCUCUCCGGUCUACUUUUACGAAUUUCAGCAUAGACCAAGCAUGUUCAAUGGAGUGAAGCCGGAUUUUGUGAAAGCUGACCACAGUGAUGAUGUUCCUUUUGUCUUUGGACUGCCUUUUUUAGGAGAGGCAACAGAAGAAGAAAAACUCCUGAGCCACAGGAUAAUGAGCUACUGGGCAAACUUUGCUCGUCAUGGGGACCCAAAUGGUGGAGACCUUUUUCACUGGCCAGUCUAUGGCCAAAAUGAAGAGUACCUACAACUGAAUUUGCAGUUGUCUGUGGGAAAGAGCCUGAAGAAGGAUGAGUUUGAGUUCUGGACCAAAACUUUGCCUCAGAAGAUGAAGGAAUUACAGCCCCAAAAAUCCCGAGUAGAGUUGUGAUUCCCUAAGCAUAACUAUUUUUAUAAUUGUUGCAGACAAAUUACACCCAAUCCUUUCCUUUGAGCAAUUCCUUGAUCUGAAUUAAAGGAUAAAUGCAGCUUUCAGUGAAA